GCUGAUUAUGUGAAUAUUGUAAGUCCAUAACAAACCAAAGCAUGGAUUCGUGGGAUUCGUAGAACCUUAUUAAAUCUGAUUUAAUUAAUUAAAAACUAGUUGUACAGUGAACUUGAGAGUGUUGAAAGAUGAAUCGAACUUUGCGGAUAGGUACGUUUGUUGGUCGGGUCCAGCAUUCCAGACAUUAUACGUCUCACGCGCGGAGAACCGUUCUCCGGCAAGAUCAGUCUAAAAUACCCGUUCACGAGUACCCAGUCGCCAAGCCGACCGAUACCCGAGUGUACGUGUGGGGCCUGGCCGCGACCGGUGCCCUCGGCGUACAGACCUCGGUCAAGAAGCAAGCCAAAGCUCACACGGAUGUGAUUCAGCAUCCCAGUAGGUUGAAUUUUGCCGAAAACCGAGACAUCGUGGACGUGGCCGCCGGAUACGGCUUCUCGGUGUUCGCGGCCAAGUGUCGCAACGGAAAGAGUCUGUGGGGAACGGGUAUCAACACUGAUGCGCAGAUCGGGUAUCAUAAACUCGGUGGCAAGCAUCGAAAACCGUUCGUGCUGCUCAUCUACCCCGCUCCGAUUGAUUUCACCUCGGUGGAAGGUCACGAGAAGGAGGUGGAGAUCGUGAAGGUGGCCGCCGGAAGGGCCCACACGCUGGCGCUGGCCAAGGAUGGAGUGGUUUAUGCCUUCGGGAGCAAUGCCUAUGGACAGUGCGGCAGGGAGAUCGUCCGGGGUGAGGAUUACUUUAAUGCACCGGUAAUUAACCGGAUCAAGGACCUGGGAGGAAGGCAGGAUGACCCGAUUGUGGAAGUGGAUUGUGGUCAGGAUCAUAGCUUCUUCCUCACGGCGUCGGGUCGAUUGUAUUCCUGCGGAUGGAGCGAUGACGGCCAAACCGGUCAGGGCAGAUUUGGCCAGGUGAGCACCCCAUCGGAAGUCGAAGGUGACUUGAAGGGGGAGAAAAUCUGCAAGGUGACCGGUACUUCCGACACGGUGCUGGCUUUAACUGACAAGGGUGAAGUGUUUGGUUGGGGUAACACUGAGUACGGCCAGUUGGCUACCGAUUCCGAUGACAAUCCUCAAAUUACUCUGCCGAGGCAUUUAAGCUUCCUGAAAGAGUGCGGCAAAAUUGUAGACAUCGCUGCCGGCGGUUCUUUCUGCAUGGUGCUCAAUGAAAAUGGCGACGUAUUCUCCUGGGGGUACGGCAUUCUCGGAUUCGGUCCGGAGGUGGGCCAUCAAGCACGUCCAACGCAAAUCCCGCCGACCUUGUUCGGGCGAAACGAUUUCAAUCCCAACGUGAGGGUGCGGGCCAUUUCGGCGGGAUUGAUUCACAGCGGGGCUAUCAACGAUCAGGACGAUCUGUACAUGUGGGGUCAUAAUCGGUACGGCUGUUUGGGAUUCGGCCACAAGAAGGAUCAGUUCUUUCCGCUCAAGGUGGCCGUUAGCGCACGGGUGAUGAAGAUCAGCUGCGGGGUGGAUCACACUUUGGCGCUGUGUAAAGCAUUUGUUUGAAAAGGCUCUUAUCUUAAUUUAGCACGUAGUGACAAUAAAAGCUUUGAAAACAUUCGAUAA